CUCUCUUGUUCUCUCUCUGUGGUGCUCUAUCUCUCCUGUUCUUCCUAAUUGAUCAAUAUUCUCUCUCUCUCUCUCUCUCUCUCUCUCUCUCAUGCUGCUGCAGCAGGACUGCAACCACAGUUCUCUCUCGUAGGCCUGGGGUGGGAGUUGUAGAACAAGAAUUGAAGUGUCUCUCUCUAACUUUGCAAGGUUGUUGUUCUGUAUUUUUUUGUUGGGUUUUCAAAUUCAAGGCUAAGAGAUGGGAGAAAGGAAGGUUUUAAACAAAUAUUAUCCCCCUGAUUUUGAUCCGUCAAAGAUACCAAGAAGGCGGCAGCCGAAAAAUCAGCAGAUUAAAGUUCGGAUGAUGCUUCCUAUGAGCAUUCGAUGCAGUACAUGUGGUAAUUACAUAUACAAGGGAACCAAGUUCAAUUCUCGAAAGGAAGAUGUAAUUGGCGAGGCAUAUUUGGGCAUCCAAAUAUUCAGAUUCUACUUUAAAUGCACCAAGUGCUCAGCUGAAAUUACGAUGAAAACCGACCCUCAAAAUUCAGAUUAUGUUGUGGAAUCUGGUGCAACACGCAAUUUUGAGCCUUGGCGUGCAGAGGAUGAGGCAAUUGAAGGAGAGAAAAGGAAGAGAGAUGCUGAAGAAAUGGGGGAUGCAAUGAAAUCUUUGGAAAAUCGAACCUUGGAUUCGAAAAGAGAAAUGGACAUUCUUGCUGCAUUGGAUGAAGUGAAGUCAAUGAAGUCGAGGCAUGAAACUGUCAGUGUAGAUGCUAUGCUUGAAGCACUGCAACGAACAGAUGAAGAGAAGGAGAAGAAGUUGGCUGAAGAGGAUGAAGCUCUUAUCAAGUCUAUUUUUGUCCAUGGUUCACAGAACUUUGUUCGGCGGAUUGAUGAUGACGAUGAUGAUGAUGAUGAUGAUGAUGACGAUGUAUAUGAGCAACCUUUCAAAAGGAGGGUCUCUGAAUCGGUUGACAGAGGGGAGAAGCGAAAUCCAACCGACUGCUUGACCAGUACCAUAACAGACAAAGAUAAAUGUACAGAAAAUGCAAGAGGUUCAGGAUCGAUAAAACCAACCUCUAUCAAGCCCAAACCCUUUGCUGUGACUUUUGUAAAGAAACCCCCUCGCGCUGCUCCCACUGAAACUCUCAAAGAGAGAGAGAAAGAGGAAACAAAGGAGACGAGAGCAACAAAUAAUGAUGCGGUGGCUAAUACAGGGCUCCAAUCGCUUUGCCAGAAUUAUGACAGUGAUGGAAGUGAUUGAUAGUUGUUAGUUUACGUUUCAACUCUGUUCAGAGAAAAUUUCGGAGAAAAUUUUAACCACGACAUCGUCUCGAACAGUUCCAUCUAUAAUAUCACAGAAAGUCUCUCUUUCUCUGCACGUUUUUUUCAUUCCAUAGUAUUUUCCUGUCCAUCCAAAAGGCUUUUUUUCUCUUUGUUCCUUGGAACGAACACCUAUCUCCCUUGGUAUUAUUUUUUACUGUAAAUGAAGGCCCGGUUUGUAUGGGGAAUUUGUUUAUUGACAUUUUUGGACUGUACGAGAAAGUAAAGCAGCGGUCUUUUAUGGCAAAAGUGCUAUGUAUUGUAUAUACCAUUGGAUUAUAUGGUAAUUAACAUGUAAACUUUGAUGUACUUUUGAGGGCAUCUACCACUGCUUGUCAAAGUUAAUGCACUGUGGAUAGAUUACCUCCUUGAA